UUCAUUUAUUCUUAUCCUGACUCGGAUGUCUUAUUUUAGUCUGAUUUUUUAUUCAACUUUACAGGAUAAUGCAGAUCGAACUUCAUCCUUUGUUGUUCUCAUCAAUCUCUUACGUCCAUUAGAUCCUUCAAGGUUGCCCUCACCUGCAUCAAAUGAGACAUUUGCUGUCAGAAAUCAAAAGUUCUCUGAUCUGGUUGUUAAAUGUUUGAUAAAACUUACAAAGGAAGGCAAUGUUGCCAACCAGAGGGAACAUCUAAUUCUUCUCCUUGCCAAUAUUCACAUUCAGAAAGCUAAUAAGCAGUCUGUCUUGAAGUUUUUGGUGGAUCCUACUCCAUUUUCUAGGAUCUUGCAGGCAAAGGACACCAAGUGAAUUAGAUAGAGAGGUUAAGAACUUGAGGGUGGCAUUUACUGACCUGUUUUUGAAGCAUAACACUUUCAAAGAAAUUGCAAAUCCAUCAAGAUAUUGAU